CCCAAUCCGCCCUGAACAGUGCACAUAAUCAUCGAUUGACCGAGAUCCUUCGCCGCGAGGUCGUCUGAACUCCACACAGGACACAGAGACGGCUCCACCAUGCGUCCUCUGCUCGCCUGCCUGCCUCUGGCAUUGCUAUUUAUAGUUCCAACAAAUGCAGACAAGACGGCGCCAACCGAAGCAGAGAUCGUGGUCGUGGUGCCAGAGGGGGCUCCGCUCGAGCUCGCCUGCGUCCUACGGGUGGAGCAGCGGGCGGAGUGGCGGCGGGAGGGGAGCCCUAAGCUCCCUGACGAGCUGAAAAUCGCCGGAGAGAGCACGGGCGCUGGAGGACUGACAGCGAGGCUCCGGGCUCAGUAUGCGCGUCCGGACCUCGCCGGGGUGUACUCCUGUGCGCGCGGGCCGCAAGCGCAGCGCCUGCGGGUGGUCGUCGAGCCUCGGCCCGCCACGAUAGCCGCCGCAACGGAACCGGCGACAACUAUAGCAACGCCGACCGUCCCGCUGCUGAAGCAGAGCGACGUGCUGCCCGCGAAGGCCGAGAGCGGCGGCCCCGAGCCCGGCACCGUGCAGUACUACGACAUCGGCCGGAACACGUCCCUGACGUGCACCAACUCCGUCGUCAACGGACAGCAGAUCGUCUGGGAGAAAAACAACACCGAACUGUCAAAAGUUAAAGAACUGACAAAUCGUUACAAGCUCGAGAACGACAACGCCAGGCUCGUCAUCGCCCGCUCCAGCGAGGACGACUACGGGAACUACUCGUGCAAGUCGGGCGGCGAGCAGCUGCACUGGCGGCUGUGGGCGCGCCCCUACACCAAGCUGCCGAGCACCGACUCCAGCGUGGUCGAGGGCCAGAAGCUGAAGCUCGUGUGCAAGAUGAUCGGGAAGCCGGCGCUGGCUGUUAAAUGGUUCUAUAACAAGGAUCAUACGUCGUACGAUGAGGAUGUUGUUAAGGAGUUGCAGUUGGGUGUUGAGUUGGAGCAAGGAGGCCGCAUCAAGUUCGAAAACAGCGACGCCGGCGUCGAGAACGGGCAGCUCGUGAUCGAGGCGGCCGAGCGCGCCGACGCCGGCGCCUACGCCUGCAUCCCCGACUUCAGCGAGACCGGCAACCAGACGCAGUCGCCUCAUCUGCCCGCCGUCACCGUGCUCAGGGUCAAGGACAUGUACGCCGCCCUCUGGCCGUUCCUGGGCAUCUGCGCCGAGGUGCUCAUCCUGUGCGCCAUCAUCCUGGUCUACGAGAAGAGACGCACCAAGCCCGAGCUGGACGACUCCGACACCGACAACCACGACCAGAAGAAGUCGUAAGCGGUGCGGGCUGUUGUGUUUUAGAGAUACGAGUUUUUUUUAUUUUCGCAAUCUAACCCAAAGUUGUUAUUUAAUUACUUAUACAGUAAAGUGCAAUUACAUCUGACCAACAUGGCGCCUUACCUCUGCCGAAAAAAGUUCAAUUUAUUAUUCGAAACUUUUUAAUAUUAUUGUCUAUGGAAUGUACUGUGAACUGAAUACAUUUGUAAAAAUUGAUAUAAUUUAGACUGGUUUUAGUCUAAAAACUGUAAAAACUCGUGUAAAUAUUGUACUAAACUAGUAUAUGAAAUUAAUUUAAUAAUGUACUUAAUAUAGACAAUAUUACACGAAACUCUGCGUAGGGGGCGCCACUACCACAAUCCAUCACAUUCUGAGGGUCUACCGCGAAAAAAGAAUAUCGAAAUUUCGUUAUCUAACCUCCCUAUCACUCUUGCAUAUACGAGCGAUAGAGACCGAUAACUAAAUUUCGAUGUUCACGUUUCCAGGUCCCUUUGUAAACAAACCGCCUUCAUGCAUCAAUGUCAUAUUUUAUCUGUGAAAACUUGUCAAAAAACCGUUUAAGGCACAUGUAUAAGUUAGUCUAUGGUUUGCGAUAGGUGCUAGUGCUGCACUCUGGCGGCAGAACAUAGCAGUAACCCUCAAAAGUGGUGAGGCGCUCGAAUAUAUGUGAAAUAGGAAGUCAGUGGUUGAACAUUGUGGAAAUAUCUAGAAAAAUGAUUAAUCAGUCACACAGUUCAUUCCAAAGACGCGGCAGACAUAGACCAAGAUAGACGCUGCGAAAUAUAAAUAUCUAUACACUUUUGAAUCUUAUUACGAAAGUAUAAAGCACAAAAAUGUAUACAUAUUUAUGUAGCAUUUGUGGCACAUUGAAACUACAGUAUAAAUUUAAUCUAAGUCCUAGUUUAGACUUACGAACAAAAAUAAGUCACAAGGACUUCGGCGUCUAUAUUUUGUCUGUGGUAGAUAAUGCACGUUUUGUUUUUGUAAUAUAAUGUAAUAAUAGGGAUCGGAGUUUUUAUCGCACGGAGUCGCCAUUAAAAAUAAACUUGUACUCAUAUUCAUACUCAUACUCAUUCAUUUAUUUAAUUACUGUUUUUAAUUUUCAUGGACAAGAGUUUAUAAACGAUCCUCUAAUUUUGUCUUUAAAUAUAUAUAUAAUAAUAAUGACCAGAUUUUGUAUUUAUUAUGUUACGAUAUUAAAAAAAUUAAAAAGGUAAAAAUAAUGAGUAUAUUAAUUAAUCUAAGGUCAUUAUUUAUUUGUAAUAUUUAUAUACUAGAAAGACAAAAUUAAAGGAUGUUUAUGAACUCAACGUUCUUGUCCUUGAUAAUUAAAUUAAAAUCACUAUUAAAAUGAAUGAGUAUGAGUAUGAAUAUGAGUUUAAUUUUAUUGCUAAUGUCGACUCCAUUGCUUGCUAACGUCUUACCGUGCGAUAAAAACUCCGAUGCCUUUAAAUUUCAUAUUCACUUCACGUUUUCGUUGCGUUCUUAAAUUAUGCUUGAUUCGUUGACUUAGGUCAGUGUAUACUAUAUAAUUACUAAUGUGGUACCAAGUGCUGCCGAGGGAUGAAUGUUAACUGCACGAAUUAUUAUUAGACCUUUAGAUGAAUACAAUUGAAUAAAAGAUUAUGUUACUUA